GGGAACUACCAUUGCAGCUGGGCCUCCGAUAAGAUUAGCGAAAAACAUGAGCUAUGUUUGGCAAUAUAAAACAGUGUCCAUGGCACGAUCCUCACAGUUUGUUUUUGUUUCCCACAACCACAACAAAUUUACAACAUGGUGACCUUUGAGGAGAUCGUUGAGAAGGCCAAGUCCUUGAAAAACCCCCCCACCAAGGAGGAUUUCCUGGAGUUCUAUGGCUAUUACAAGCAGGCCACAGUGGGCGACUGCAACAUUGAGGAGCCCGAGGAUGAGGAGAAGAAGGCUCGCUACAACGCCUGGAAGAGCAAGGCCGGUCUGACCAUUGACGAUGCCAAGGCAUACUACAUCGAGGUAUACAAGAAGUACGUCGCCCAGUCCGAAUAAGCUGUGGGGCUGUAGACCCAUUAAUUUGUUACCUUUUAUACCAAAUUUCCCUCUCCCAUUGGAUGCAUCUGAAUCACAGUUGAAAACUUAUGUAUUUAUUGUAAUGUAAUUUUGUAAUAAGCCAAACAAACACCCAUGCAUUUAAAUUAGA